AUGCUUUGUAUAAAAUGUUUAUUUUAUUCGUUAUUGGGCUAUCAGUACAAAAUUGAUGCUUUUGUCCUUUUCCCCUCCAGGAUCUAUAUUGAUGUGACGAACUGUACCUAUCUAUUGGCCAACCAUGAGCACUGUUUCUGGCCGAACCACAUAGUGGAUAAUUUCUUCACAAAUAUCCACAGAAACUAUUUCAAGAACUGUGCCCUGACUGGCAGGCUACCAGCUGACCCGCCAUUCCCUGUCCUGUGCUCUUUCAUCUUUAUCCCCAUCCUUAUAACUCUCCUGAUGACAGCACUUGUAGUGUGGAGAAGCAAACGCAGCGAAGGAAUUGUCUGA